AUGGUUUCGAGUUUAAAGAUUAAUCUCUUUAAAUCUAGUUUGUUGGGUGUUGGUGUUAAUCAGUCUGAAGUUAUUUUUCUUGCUUCUAUUACAGGAUGUGUUGCCGCUAAUUUUCCUUUUUCUUACCUUGGAAUUCCGGUGGGUGGGUCUACGAGCCAUAUCCGUAGCUGGGAUGUGAUUGUGGAUAGGUUUCAAAAGAGACUUUCUAAUUGGAAAGUUAAAACACUUUCCAUAGGUGGUCGAUUAACUCUGAUUAAAUCUGUUUUGGGCAGCCUUGGGAUUUAUUUCUUUUCUUUGUUCCGCAUGGAUAAAGGUGGUUUAGAGGUUGGUAGUUUGGAUGCGUUUAACCAGGCUAUUCUUGUUAAAUGGAAGUGGCGGUUUCUUCAUGAACAGUCGUCUUUAUGGGUGAGGCUCAUUAAAGGGUUACAUGGUGAUUAUGGGGAUUUGACUCAUAAUUCGCGGCCUUUAGGAGGUAUGGGAGUUUGGCAGAAAAUUGUGGAUUGUAUCAAGAAGAUGGAAAGUCAGAAUGUCUUAGAUUCCGAAUGA